AUGACGAGCGUCGAGCUGGAUCCACGGUUCAUGCGGACUUUCCGCUCUACGUGGGAAGAUACCCCGUCGUCCCAUGCAGUUCCUCAUUCUAUGCUGACCGCACUUGGUCUGACACGAGGCGACUACCUGGAUGUGAAGGCUUGGAUCUUUCUGGUGGCCCGGAAGCUGCAGUUUGAGAACGGUGAACGAGCUGCCUUUAAGUUUUCACAGCAAGCAACUGCUCUGGACAUUCUGGACUUCCUGCACAUAGCCGGGCUCGAAUACGUGACGAAGCAAUUCUUCAGUGUCCAAGAAGAGCUCUUGCUUGACCGAGAAACAUGCUGCCGACUUCUUGCUUUCCUGCACUGCAACAGCCUAAUCGAUUGCAGACUGCUCGCCCUCUCCGUGUUCAUCUUUUCCUACAGCCGUCAGCCGGUUAUGUUGAGAGCAGCCUUGCGCGAAAUUCUGAUAUCGUUGCUCGGGCCUGACAUAAUUAGUCUUGCUGAACCUAUUCUCGCUGCUCUUAAGCCUCGGUUGCUUGACGACAUCAAUGAUCCAAGGCUGGCGUUGCGGGCCUACCUCGUGGUAAUGCAGCUUGCUCAGCUCAGCUGA